AUGGAGAAGCAGAAGCCCUUUAAAUUGUUUGUACCACCGAGAUUAAGUCAAGUGUCUGCAGUGAAACCUCAGACCUUGGGAGGAGAUUCCAAGUCCUUCAAGAGUUUCAGCAAAUGUAUGGAAGAUGAUUUUGGUUUUCCGUUUGCAAUGGCUAAUCUCUCUAAAAAUGUGGAAAACAUUGAUUCAGAUCCUGUUUUACAAAAAGUUAACAUUUUGCCCAUGCUUGAACAGGUUGAUAAUUCUGACAGUUUUCACUACCAGGAAGGACUAAAAGACUCUGAUUUUGAGAAUUCAGAGCCAAUGAGCAGACUAUAUUCAAAACUGUAUAAGGAGGCUGAAAAGAUCAAGAAGUGGAAAAUGAAUGUAGAAUCUGAACUGAAGCAGAAAGAAAAUAAAUUGCAAGAAAAUAGAAAGAUAAUUGAAGCACAGCGGAAAGCCAUUCAGGAACUACAGUUUGAAAAUGAAAAAGUAAGUUUGAAAUUAGAAGAAAAAAUUCAAGAAAAUAAAGAUUUAAUAAAAGAGAAUAAUGCUACAAGGCAUUUAUGUAAUUUACUCAAAGAAACCUGUGCCAGAUCUGCAGAAAAGACAAAGAAAUAUGAAUAUGAACGGGAAGAAACUAGACAAGUUUAUGGGGAUCUAAAUAAUAACAUUGAGAAAAUGAUAAUAGCUUUUGAGGAACUUCACAUGCAAGCUGAGAAUUCCAGACUGGAAAUGCACUUUAAAUUAAAGGAAGAUUAUGAAAAAAUCAAACACCUUGAAGAAGAACACAAGAAGGAAGUAAAUGACAAGGAAAAACAGAAGGAGGUCUUUUUAAAAGUUAAAAGUGUGCUUAAUAAUAAGAACACAAAAAUAGAAUGUAGUGCUAAAAAGCUUGUUGGAGUUCUGGAAUUACUGGAUGAAAACUUAAAAGAAUCAAAUAAGAAGCAGGAUCAUUUGACAUCAGAACUAGAAGAUUCUAAAAUGUCUUUGCAAAGAAGUGUGAGUACUCUAAAGGCUUUAGAGGAAGAUUUACAGGUAGCAACAACAAAAAUCUAUCAGCUCACUGGAGAAAAAGAAGCUCAAAUGGAAGAUUUUAAUAAAGCUAAAACUGCUCAUGCAUUUGUGGUUACUGAACUUAAAACUACUGUCUCCAACUUGAAAGAAUUAUUGACAACAGAACAUCAAAGAUUGGGAAAAAGUGAGGAUCAAUUGAAAAUAUUUACCGUGGAGCUUCAGAAGAAAUCAAGUGAACUGGAAGAGAUUACAAAGCUUAAAAAUAACAAAGAAGUAGAACUUGAAGAAUUGAAAAAAAUCUUGGCAGAAAACCAAAAGCUUUUAGAUGAAAAGAAACAAUUUGAGAAGAUUGCUGAAGAAUUAAAAGGAACAGAACAAGAACUAACUGGUCUUCUCCAGACUAGAGAGAAAAAAGUACAUGAUUUGGAAAUACAAUUAAUUGCCAUUGCGACAAGUGAACAACAGUAUUCAAAACAGGUUAAAGAGCUGAAAACUGAGCUUGGAAAUGAAAAGUUUAAGAAUACUGAACUAACUACAAGCUGCAACAGGCUUUCUCUGGAGAACAAAGAACUAGCGCGAGAAACAAGUGAUAUGGCCAUGGAACUCAAGAAGCAGCAGGAAGAUAUUAAUAAUCAUAAAAAGCAAGAAGAAGGGAUGUUGAAACAAAUAGAAAAUCUGGAAGAAACAGAAACACAAUUAAGGAAUGAACUGGAAUCUGUGAGAGAAGAACUAAAGCAGAAAGAAGAUGAAGUUAAAUGCAGAUUGAGCAAGAGUGAAGAAAAUUGUAACAAUUUAAGGAAACAAGUUGAAAAUAAAACCAAGCAUAUUGAAGAACUCCAACAGGAGAAUAAGGCCUUAAAAAAAAGGGGUACAGCAGAAAGCAAGCAACUGAAUGUUUAUGAGAUUAAGGUCCGUAAAUUAGAGUUAGAACUAGAAGGUGCCAAACAAAAAUAUAAAGAAAUGACUGACAGCUAUCAAAAAGAAAUUGAGGACAGAAAGAUAAUUGAAGAAAAUCUUUUGGGAGAGGUUGAGAAAGCAAAAGUAAUAGCCGAUGAAGCAGUAAAAUUACAGAAAGAAAUUGAUAUACGAUGUCAACAUAAAAUAGCUGAAAUGGUAGCACUCAUGGAAAAACAUAAGCACCAAUAUGAUAAAAUCGUUGAAGAAAGAGACUCAGAAUUAGGACUUUAUAAGAACAAAGAACAAGAACAGUUAUCAGAGAAAGCAUCUUUGGAGAUUGAACUAUCUAAUCUCAAAAAUGAACUUUCGUCUGUUAAGAAACAACUUGAAAUAGAAAGAGAGGAAAAAGAACAACUCAAAAGAGAGGCAAAAGAAAACACCGCUACUCUCAAUGAAAAAAGAGACAAGAAAACACAGACAUGUUUAUUGGAAACACUUGAAACUAGUUAUCGGAAAUUUGAUUCUAAAGCAACUCCUUCACAAAAUGUAUCUCAAAACUUCACACCAGCUGAUCAUGGCAAAUCCAAAGAUAAAAGAGACUGUCCAUGGACACCUGCCAGAAGCACUUUAUCUACACCAUUACCAAAGGCAUAUACUGUGAAGACACCAACAAAACUAAAAAUUCAGCAAAGAGGAAACAAGAAUAUACCCAUUGAAGAAAGUAAUAAAAAGAGAAAAAUGGUCUUUGAGUUUGAUAUUAAUUCGGAUAGUUCAGAAACUACUGAUCUUCUGACCAUGGUUUCAGAGGAAGAGACAUUGAAAAAACUACACAAGAAUAUUACACCAACUUCUCAUUGUGCCAGAACAACAAAAAAGACACCUUCAUCUCUAACAACCCCUGGAUCUACACAGAAGUUUGGAGCUAUGAGGAAAAUGCAGGAGGACCGUUGGGCUGCAAUUGCUAAAAUGGAUAGGAAAAAUAAACUAAAGGAAGCAGAAAAGCUAUUUGUUUAA